CUGAAAACCAUCAUACAUACUUGAAAGUACAGUACUAUGAAAGUACAGUCAAUUUGCCGCCACAAGCGUCGCUGUGUCAAAUCAAGAUGUGACAAUCCUCCUGAACUCUCCUGAACUUAAAAAUAUUUCAAUAUUUAAAGAAAUGGAAAGCUCAGCAGCAUCAGUUUUACAGCGUGCAGUUGAGAUGGAUAAGAAGGAGGAAUACACAAUGGCUCUGGUACUUUAUCAAGAAGGACUGCAGGCUCUAGUCAAUUCUAUAAAAGAAACAAAGGAUGCUACAAAGAAGAAAUACUUUCAUGGAAAAGCUUCAGAGUACAUGGAUAGGGCUGAGAAAAUUAAGACCCUUGUCGAAGAGAGAAAAGCUAUAGGAAAUUAUAGAGAACAUAAGAAGGUUGAAGAUGGUUCAACAGGAAAUAGCUAUGCUACUCUUUUUGGACGAUUUUUGGAUGAGACUGUCACUCAUAUACAGAUUGAGGAUCCGUAUAUAAGACUCCCUCACCAGUGUCAGAAUUUGGUCAGACUCUGUGAACUGGCUGUGCAGAUGUGCAAAUCACUUUCAAGAGUAACACUAAUAACAACUCGUCAUCCUGAUGAUGCAAAGAAUCAAUUAGCAAGACUCAUGGAACUGAAGGGAAAUAUGCAAUCUCGUUUGAUUACAUUUGAAUUUUCCUUCUCCGACACUUUACACGAUCGGAAGAUUACCCUGAGCAAUGGAUGGGUUAUAAAAAUAGGACGAGGAUUAGAUUAUUUCAAACCACCAGGAGGAAAAUUCGUUCUGGGGGCUUUUGACAUGGAACUAAGGUCUUGCUUAGAAACGGCAGUAGAUAUCUAUUACUUUCCCACUCUAGCUGGUAAACAAUAGUAUUUUUCAGUAGAAAUUACUCCAUUUUAAA